AUGCAUUUCCACUCCAGCACAAUCCAGUUGUGUGAUGUAAUACUUUUGUGCUUCGACUUGCUCAAUCGAGAUAGUUUUGAAAAAAUCAAGUCCUGUUGGAGUCCCCGACUUGGUUCUCGGACUAUUCCAAUUGUACUUGUUGGGACUCAUUGUGACCUCCUCUCGGGAGGAAAGGGAGAUACAAUUUCGGAAAAGGAGGGUCGUGAGUUGGCCAAACAAAUCGGAGCCCGUUCAUACGUAGAGUGCUCAGCUCUGACCCAGAAUAACAUUAAAGUUUUGUUUGAUGUGGCCGUUCAAUUGUCCUUCUUCUCUCACCGUCGAGUAAAGAAGGACAUUGCCUUCAAGUUCUCUCAACAAACUGGAAUAUCUCAAAAGGAGAGAAAACGACUUUCGGGAGGGUCGCCCACUGUACAUUCGUCAAGAAACAAGUCUGGAUUCUUUAAAUCUCUGAGAUGA